GUGUGGCUGUGCUUAAGAUGAAAUUUUGUAUCUACCAUCCCAUCCCCAAACACACGGUCUCUUCCCCAAAACGUAAACUCAUUUACAGGUAAGGAUCAGAUCUGUUAGAAGGAGAAUAGACGAAAUGGAUUUGGAAUCUGUGAGGAGAUACAUAGAGAAAGGAGGACAUGAAGAUGACAAGAGAGCAUCAAAAAUUGAAGAAAUGCGAUUCUUUGAAAGUUUCGUAAUGGAAGGCCUUCAUAUUGAUCUCAUCGAACCUGGGCGUGUUGUUUGCUCCAUGAAAGUCCCUCCUCGUCUUCUGAACGGCAGCGAUUGCUUGCAUGCUGGGGCUAUAGCAAUGCUGGUUGAUGUGGUAGGGUCAGCUGCACUGGUCGCAGCAGGAGUGUUCUUAACAGGAGUUUCUGUGGAAAUUAAUGUUUCAUACUUGGAUGCUGCUUAUGCUGAUGUGGGUAUCAUUCCCUCCUCGCUAUUUUUCGAUAAUCGUUUCUUUGUGUUAAUUUUAUUUCUUCAAUACAAUUGAUAGCACAAUUCCAACCAUAAUUUCUUGAAUAUUUAACAGAGUGGAUAAGGAAAUCUUUUUCAAAUCAAAGAAUUGUUAAAUGCAUUUUAUUAUGGAUAAACAUGUUGACUUACCUAUGUCUGUUGUUUCUUUUGGUAACGGUGUCCAUGCUAGGCCUAAUUGAU